AUGUAUUCUCUACCCCUAUUCAAAUGUCAUUCUACUGACUUGGUAUCAGUUGGGGUCGUUAUGACCUUGGGCAACACGUAUACAGGGCAUUUUGACCCCGUUGAUGACGAUAGUCGUGUUCUGGGCCGUAUCAAAGAAAGAACAGGCCAUAGAAUUCCUAUUCACGUUGAUGCCGCCAGUCGUGGCUUCAUUGCCCCAUUUUUGAAUCGGCCCGACUUCCGCUGGGACUUCUCGAACCAAUACGUCGACUCCAUCAAUGCCUCGGGGCACAAGUUUGGCAUGACCCCUCCAACAAUUGGCUGGAUUAUUUGGAGAGAUGACCAAUGCCUUCCUGAUGGGAUGGUUUAUCGAUCUUCAUAUUUGAGAGGUGAUAAUUCAAGUUGUACCCUUACCUUUUCCCAGUCAAGCUAUGCCCUGGUGGUACAGUAUUACAAUUUAAUGCGACUCGGUCGACAAGGGUUUGAACGAUCUACGAAUUACUGUAUUGACCAAUGUCGUCAACUGGCCACCUUGCUAGAAUCAACAGGAUGGUUCAAGAAUCUAGGAGGCACUGAAACUCUAAAGCACACGGGGACGGCGGAUAAAUCUAGCAGACUGACUGCUCUAGCAUUACCUGUUAUCGCCUUAUCCAUCGAAAGCGACAUUAAACAAAAUCAUUCGUUGAUCACUGAAGAGAAACUAAGUGAGGAACUGUUUCGCAAAGGCUAUAGUGUACCAUGUGCUACACUGCUAGGUGGUAAAGAUAAUAAGAAAAUUCUAAGGAUUGUUAUCCGCCCGGAAAUGACAGAAGCUUUACUAAGCUCUUUGUACAACACUUUAUAUGAUAUAGUACACGAGCUUUUGUCUAAAUAG